AUGGCCUCACAGAAGGGCCCAGACAAGAGCUGGGAGAAGAGCAGUCAUCCAGAGAGCAAGUUGGAGAAGCCAAAGUGCAGCCUCAAUGGAGAGGAGGAGGAGGAAGAGGACAAGAUGGAGGAUGAUGAUGCUGAGAAGAAUGAUGACUGUGAUGAUGAGGAGCAUGAAGAGGAGGAUAAUGAUGAGGAUGAAGGUGACCAGGGCGAGGGAAAGGAAUGUGCAGAGGAGGAUGAAGCCAGAGCAGGCCCUUCUGGUGCACCCAAACCUCUGAAUCCGUGUCCUCAGUGUGGGCAGAGCUUCCCACCUGGCUCAGAGCCAGCGAAGCACCACUGCCCCCAGCCCGGCCCCCAGCCCUUCGUCUGUGGUGACUGCGGCAAGAGGUUCAGCAGGAGCUGUGACCUCACCCGGCACUGCCUCACCCACACUGGUGAGAAGCCCUUCACCUGUGACACCUGUGGCAAGCAGUUCAGGCAGAGGGCUCACCUGAGCCAGCACCGCCUCAGCCAUACCAGCGAGAAGUCCUUCACCUGCCGGGACUGCGGCAAGCCUUUCAAGCACAGCUCCAGCCUCGCCAUCCACCGCCGCAGCCACACCGGGGAGAAGCUGUUCCCCUGUGCCGAGUGCGGCAAGAGCUUCACCACCAGCUCCUUGUACAUCCAGCACCAACUCAUCCACAGCGGUGACAAACCCUACAGCUGCGCCGACUGCGGCAAGAGUUUCUCUCACGGCUCUGCCCUCACCCAACACCGCAGUGUGCACAGCGCUGAGAAGGCCUUCACCUGCGGGGACUGCGGCAGGAGCUUCAAACGCAGCGACAGCCUCGCCAUCCACCGCCGCAUCCACACCGGGGAGAAGCUGUUCCCCUGUGCCGAGUGCGGCAAGAGCUUCACCACCAGCACCUUAUUCAUCAACCACCAGCUCCUCCACAGCGGUGACAGGCCCUACAGCUGCGCCGACUGCGGCAAGCGCUUCAGCCGUAGCUCCCACCUCACCGAGCAUCGGCAGGUGCACAGCAGAGAGAAGGCUUUCACCUGCGCCGCCUGCGGGAAGAGCUUCACCCGUAGGAGCAGUCUCGUUUACCACUGCCGCAGCCACACCGGGAAGGAGGCUUUCCCCUGCCCUGACUGCAGCAAGACCUACAGCACCCGCUCCAACCUCACCAGGCAUCGCUGCAGCCACGCUGUUGGCCAGCGCACGGCGCGGGGCAGGCAAAAUAAACCCACCCAGGGUCUAGCGGGGUAA